UCACUGGUGAUCAAAUGAUCGCCAGACUCGUUCACUGCCACAAUGUUUAUAUUUUGAUGUCGAGGGGAGCAGACGUCAUCUCAGAAGACGGUACAUCGGGAGACUGUACCUCACGUGACGGUACACCAGAAUACGGUGCCUCAGCUUUCAGAGAGAUGGUGGUGGUGUUGUGGCAGAACUGGGGAGAACAUGUGGGCCGCCAGUUACCACAUUUCUUGGCGGGUGCAACGCUCACUGAUGUCACCAUUUCUGUGGGGCCAAGAAGUAUCAAGGCUCAUCGCAUUAUUUUAGCAUUCUUCAGCCCAUUUUUUAAAAAAAUGUUAGAGGAAAUCAGUGAAGAGCGUCCAAUGGUGGUCGUGUUUCCAGGCAUCAACUUUGAUGCAUUACAAAUUAUCAUCGCCUACAUGUAUCGUGGACAGGUGAAUGUCCCAGCUGAAAUUCUGCCACAUGUUAUUGACUUAGCCAAGAUGCUCAAAGUUAAGGGACUCAUUGAACUUCCGGCACAGUUGAAUACCGUGAUUGGUGGGUCGGGAGGGAAGGUUCCAGUUAACCAGAACAUUAUACAUGAUAAUGAAGACUCCCAGAUGUGCCUCGACGACGAAGGCAUGGUGGAAUUGGAAGUAACUGCUGCCGACUCUGAUGCUGGCGUCUCCAGUACACCCUUGGGAGAGAAUUCUCAUGGGUGUGUGACUGUUGUGAGUGCUAACCAAGUGGUAACAUCCAGCUCUUCACUACUAGCACAGCACCAACACAGCCAGCCUCACUCACAAAAAGUCAUUGCAACAAGUACCAGAGGAGUGGAAACUGCAGACAGCAAAGUGGAGGGUAGCAGUCAUCAUGUUCUCAUCCAACCAGAGGACAUCCAACUCUCCACCGUAGAUGAUCUUAAUCCCACUCACAUAGUCAAGCUGAGCGAGGAUGGCACCAUGGGCGAGGUGCUCUUUAGCGGGGACUACAUCCAUGGUGAUGGUUCCACCGAGGACCACACGUCUGCUGACGACUCCCUCCAGGAAGGCCAAGAGUAUAGUUCAUCCAAAAAGAGAAGAAAAAUCAUUUACAAACUUGCAAGAUAUGGACCAGAAGAUCUUCAAAGAGCAAUUGAAGAUGUGCGCUCUGGAAUGGGAACUUUACGGGAAAUUGCUGAGAGAUGGGGUGUACCGCACUCCACUCUUUCUGUUAAUGCACGAAUAGCUGGUGUGUCCAUCCAGCAGAGAAAUUUGGACUACGACAGUGAUACUCUUGAAGCAGCAAAGCAGGCUGUUAAAGCUGGAUCAAGUUACAUGAAGGUAGCACGUGAGUACAACAUACCCAAGUCGGUGUUGUGGAGACGGUGUCAACGGGAAGGCAUACUUCGGGAAGAGGCUCGGCGCUGUUACAACUAUUCACAGGACGAUCUCGGCCAGGCCCGAGAUAUGCUAAUAAAUGGCUGCUCACUCUCACAAAUUGUCAAAGAAACAAAAAUCCCCAAAACAACAUUAUUCCGUUUGAAAGAACAGUUAGUACGUGAUGGGAAGAUGCCAGCAUCAUGCAUCAAUAGGAUUAUCCGACCACGACGCACCUCAGAGGUGUCGCUCCAGCAGGCUGUUUCAGCAUGUAAAGAGGAAGGGAUGUCGCAGGGUCAAGCUUCAGAGAAAUUCCAGGUAUCAAAAACAACUGUAUGGCGCCGCCUCAAACGCUUAAAGCAAGAAGACCCUAUCAUCAACUCUUCUGUAACUUCAGGAAGUACCCAGAAUGUUAAAAUUGAAGUGGUAGAAGACAUCACGAAUAACCCUCUGAACAAUACGUAUGAUGAAAUUACUAUGGGGUAUGCAGAAGAUGGGGAACUGCAGUAUGUAGGAACAGUUACUGGCCAGAGUCAAGUGAAGACACUUGACUAUGAAAAUGCAACAAGAUUUACCAACUCUGGUAAUACUGAAAAAUGUCCUCAAACGAAGGGUCAAAAUAUUCCGGAGGCUAAGAUGAGCAGCAGCAAGAGCGAUACGCUAGGAACGGUCUCCGAGUCUUCCAUAGUAACCAGAGAAGGACAAGAUAUGGUGAUAACAUCACAGGCAUCGUCAUUCAUGAAGAGUGAUCAUCUAGGAAUACUGACAAGUGAGGGACACAUAAUCCACAGUGGAGCUCCACUGACCAUCGCACAGGGAGGCAAGAUUAUGGCACAGGCAGAACCUUCAGGAGACGGGACAGGGAAUCCUCAGUUUGAGUUGGAGAUGCCUCUUAUGAACCUACCUGGCUGUGGGUACCAAGUUGUGGGGAGCGAGAUUGUGAUUGGUGGGCAGCAAAUGGUCGUGCUAGAGUCCCCAGGAGCCGCUCAGCACCACCAGGACCACUCCAACCAUCACCACCUCGUUGUCGCCUCCUUUACACAAAUGGAAGGACUUGAUGAACUGUCAAAGGUGGAAAGAAGAGAGAGUGUAGACAACAUAGAAACUACAUCACAAGUGGAAACGAGGCAAGUUAGUGCAGCCAUCGAGGUCUCGGAAAGUAUCUCGUAGUUAUAAGUACUCCAGUGUACUGUAUUUGAAUGCUACACUAUUUUCACAUAAAGUGUGAUGGGCCUUUCACUCUAAUACUGCGAUGCCGGACUCGGUCCCAGGAGCUUUUAGUCUGAAAAUGGCCGCUGUGGAAGUUUCUUCAGAAGGCUCUGUCAUCACACAAACCUCUCACUCUUUAUCUGUAUUUAUUCCUCCCAUCACCUUUUCUCUUCCAAAAUACUGGUUAUCUGCUUCUACCAUAUGACUGUUACUGUAUAUCCUACUGGAUAUAAUAAUACCAUAAUAAUAAUAAUAAUAUAAUACCA